AUGACCCCACGGUCUUUAGCGCACCAACUUGUACUGAACGCUUCAGUUAAGCGAACACCUGGUCGACCAGCUCGAAAAUACAAAGAUCAGUCCCCAGGAACUCCCACAAAAGUUUCCAAGCGUCAGCUUAGUCAGGAUGUUAGUCUAGGUAGGGGUAAACCUUUAGAAAAGAGAGACAACAUAAAAGACCUUUUCACAGCUCAAGAUACCUGUGAUGUCCUGGACGCCUUUGAGGACUUCCCUUUUCACGGCUCUGAGGCUCAUCAGCUUGAGCAGAAACAGCUGAAAAAACAACAAGCAAUUGACAACGAUUACAUUGACAAUGGUGGUGAUAUCCUUGAACAAUUUCAGGACUUUGAAUUCACCUUUGACCGACUGGACAUGGAAGCAGAUGUAGAAGAGGAGAAAGAGCAAGAUAGACUGCUAGAAAAGGCCAAAGACGAAGAGCAAGAGGAACAGGGAGUAGCAACGGGGGCAUGUUAUGCGAAUAACACUGCGAAUCAGGGUUAUGUGACAAGCAUGUCCACCCUUUCACAUCCUCCAAGCACGCAAAAGGUUAAUUAUACCUCAAUUCGCGAGCAAGCUUUAAGGAAUCGAGCUAUCAUUGAGAUCGAAAGUACUCAGAUUCCAAUAUCAAUCCAGGAGCAGCAGCCAUCCACUUUCAACACUGUACGCACAAAAGCAAGCCUUGGUCCUGGCAUCACUGCAGUGAAGAACUUCUGUGUGCUUUCUGCGAAUGAUAUUGGUCAGGAUGAGCGUUACGAGGAGAUCGAGGUAGCUUUCCACCUUAUUCCUAAGGCUUUUGACAUGAUGACACAGGAUUACCUCCUCAGAUCACAGAGAGUAUCAGAUCAUAUCAAGGUGGAGUGGUUAGAUCCUCCAGGGCUUCACCCAAGUGACAUUCGCGGACGUCACGCAGUCUUCCAUGUCUCAGAUGAGGCCUUCGCAAAGGGUCCUGAUAAGUUGGUUUGGCGCUCGAGAUUCAAUUGCAGUGGUAGCUGCCAGCAAGUUCAAGCCCUACCUACCUCACUUCCAGCACCACAACGUCCAAAGAGAAAUCUACGAAAACGACAGAGGAAAGAGGAAAGGAGUGAGGGACAUGAGGGGAGUGAGGAGAGUGAGGCAAGGAAUAGAAAUGAAGGGAUAGAGGGGGAUGAGUGGGCUGAGGAGGAUCAGGGGAGUCUGCAGGGCAAAGAGGAUCCUGUGGAGACAAAAAGAACAACAAUUCGCAAACGAAAAUGCCCAUUGUGUGUUGAAGUGCGAAUGACUCCUAGAAGCAUUCGCAGAGGAUAUUGCACAAUUAUCCAGCCAUUACCUUCCUACCAUGGGGAUCCAAAACCUCUGAGCCUUCUCAGGAUAUCCUACCACAUGCGCAAUAUCCUUCAUGAUGCUGCGACACUGGUCGGAACGACCGAAAGCCGCCUCAAGCUUCGAUGGUUCACCAGUAUCUCCAAGCUCCAUCCUUAUGCGACUUGGUUGUCUGACAAUUGUCCUCAUAGGAUGCCCAAAGAGAGUGACUUUGCAACCGCCAUACGGACAGCAUUGAGGCAAGACAGACUGGACACUCUACCAUUGGCAGCUAUUCAAGUCCUCCACUCAGCAAAUCCAUCGACAUUCCUGAGUUGUGAAAUCCCUCACGAUCUUGUCCUUGGAGGAACUGAAGAGUUUCCCACCAAUGCCACUUUCCAAUUUGUGAUCAGCCCCAAACACGCUCUGCAAACUGCAAUUCGCCAUGCUCACGAAAGGGGACUAGCCAUGGACUCUUCUUGGAGGAACAAAAACGCUAUUCGCUGUCCAGUCACCUUCCUCACCACUGUCAAUGAGCACAAUCACAUGGUGCCAAUGGCUGUAAUGCUGUCAAAUCAUGCAACCACCGCGUCUUACACCCAUCUCCUCUCUGUCUUUCGAAAAGCUGUGGAAGAGGAAGCAAAAGCUCUUGUGAAUGGUACCUCAGAGGUCAUCAGCGAAUUUGAAGACAAGGAGAUUGUCCUCAGUAAUGCCAUCCUCAUUACUGAGGAUGGCUUCUGGCCCCUCAUGGUCAUGAUUGAUUGUGAUGCCGCAGAGCGAAACGCAGCCCAGACAGUUUUCCCAGGAACUCCUGUUGGUCGCGAGAAGACAUCUAGGUUCCUCUCAGCCCUUCGAAAGUGUCAGAGGUGUGAUGUGGAAGAGGAGUGGGAGGAAGUGUAUGAAGAGUUUGAGGCAGAUGUACUGGAGUUGUUGGACGGAGACGAAGAACAUUGGGAGACCAUUCGCACAUGGUUGAAUACUCAAUGGUUCAGCGAAAGCUGGCGCAAAUGCCUCAUGGAUUAUGGUCUUCCUCGCGAACACACAAGAGAUGGGCCGCUUUCUACCAACAACUUUGUUGAGGCAGCAUUCAGGACUUUUGACAGAGUUUUCCUACAAGCCCGAGCCAAUAAGCGAAUCGAUAAACUCCUUGCCGUUAUUGUUAACAUCUACUUUCCAAUGUAUCUCUAUUCUCCCCCAACCUCUGGUCGAUGUGAUCCCGACAUAACACAAGAGAUCCAGAAGGGUCUUGAGAUCUGGCAGCUGGGUCAGCUCAAGCAUUGUGAUUCGGAAGAAAUACCCAGCAGCUUGGAGCCUCUUAAAGAAACCUUCACCAUUGAGUCUGGCUUGCGAAAGCGAAACGCGCAUUACUGUGGAAUAAAGAAAUCCAGUGAUCGCGAAUACUGCUCGUGUGGGUGGUUCCAGUCUAGAGGGAAGAGAUGUCGAGGACUAUGGGCUCUUCAUUGUCUUACAACCUGUGGAGAGCUAGAGGCGUAUGAAGGACAGACUGCAGCAUAUGCAACGGCUUUGCGAAUGGGACCAAGGGAAGGGGUGGGGAAUAAGGGAACCACUUCGGCACAAGUUGACCAGGAGGAAUUGCGAAAGUGGUGGGGACACGAUCCGACAGAACUUGCAGACCAACAGUGGGAUACUACAUCUAGACCCAGUGGCUGUCUGUUAGUCAGUAUCGAUUCAAAAGAUCUUGAUGCAGAAACACCAGCGAAUGAGCAAGAAAUCAAUCCCCCCAUAGGUCGACGACAUAAAGCCAUGCGUUCUGAGUCAGAAGAAGGCUGCGAGACCCCCAAGAAAAGCGAAAGUCAACCAACACAGCCCAACAAAGGUGGCCGGCCUGCUUCCAACAAGCCUCUACAUCCGCACCGAAGUCAAAAGAAGAACAAGAGCAAUAUCCAGUUUCGUACUGAGCAGCUCCCCUUGCACGAAAGGCCAGUUGGGGCUAAGAACUACAACCAAACUUGUUUUGCUAUCAGUUUGUUCCAUAUCAUUCUGCGAAUUCCAUCCUUCUCAGCAGCUUUCAAUGCUAUCAAAGCCGAACUAAGGGUGGAAGUGUCCAGACUGGUGGUCAUGCUGGAGAACUUCUUUGACUGUAUCAAUGUAACCAGGCGGAUAGUAGAUAUACCCCAGAUGCUCCAAAUUCUCAGAGAUGAAAGUCUUGUGGACCAAUUUGAACAGCAUGAUCCUGUGGAGCUAUUCCUUUACAUUGCAAACAAGAUUCGAGAUAAUGUCACCAACGAUCCGGUAGAAGCUACAUAUGUCUUUGAUGUCGAUUGGCAGUAUGUGUUUGCCCCCUGUGGCCAUCGAUUACCCGUUGCGAAAGGUGAUUCCACCCAUGAGCGAUCCAUGACAAUUGUUCCAAUACAUCCAAGUGCCGUGCUAGGUUCCAGUUCGCACCAAACCAGUGUGGUCGACUUAAUCCAGCGAAGCUUGACUAGAACAUGCACAUCACGACAUUGCUUGGAUUGUGGACGAGUUUGUGUCACUAGAAGUAAAGCUCAGAUGACUCUGGACACCAACAGCAAGACAUCAAUCUUCAUCAUCAAUGUGGUCUGGAACCUUGGUCCACAAUCCAAUGUGAAUUCGGUCACGCCAUUUGUUCUCAGUCCUACUUUGUCCGCUUCGCAGAUUUCUGCUUUCCCUUCCACAACCCCUGGCAACAGCAACAUUCACUUCUCCUUGAAAGGUGUUCUAUGCCGGAAAGGUGCUAUUGUCACUGCAGAUUCUGGCCACUAUGUAUCCUUGAUUCAGGAGAAUGGUGUCUGGUGGGAGCUGGACGACGAUCGAACUUCAAGACUUGAUCUACUCAGUUCUGCUUUUCAACAGACUCGAUUUCCUGUUAUGCUCUUCUACCAAAGACAAAGCUCAGGAGUUACCACACCGCAUCCACCACGUAUUGAGAAAAUCAACACUGCCAGCUCCCACAAACCUCCUGAACUACCUCUGAAGCUUCUAUCUUGCUGUCGAUUAGCAGGUGAUACACAGGAGAUAUGGGAGCGAAUGAAUAAAGUUCCAUGGAGGACCCAACAGUCUGCAAAACCGGUGAUAUCUGCCAAACCUUACUGCGAAGUUGUCCGUCUAUCACCAGAAAUCAUUAGUAGUAUGUCGAAAGAGCUAUCACAAGCAAAGCCAAAGCAAGCAAGUGUGAAUGGCAAGACCAAAGUUGACAGUCAAGCAAAGCUGUCUCUCUUUGGGGAUGAAUCAGCUAUCUCUUCGGUGGUCUUAUCUCAAACGCUGGGUAGCGAACAGGCAUGGUAUUCGAAUUUCAUGAUAUAUGAUAUACUUCGACUUCUCUCAAAGUUGAAACUACAAAAACGUAGUAAAGGAAUUAUGAAGGAUGAUGUUAAUUUAUAUCAGAUGUUUACAUUCUUGCAUCUAGAUCCAGGGAAGGAGUGGACAGGUCAACGAACAGGGGGUAUUCCUUGGUCCUGCUUGGGGAGGACUGGCGAAUGGAGAAAGAGAGUCCUAGUUGGUGUUGUUUCGCUGGCCCCUGAUACUCACUUUGGAGCGAUGGUCAUCUUUGGCCCUCAGAAAUUGGUUCUCAUGUUUGAUGGUGCAGGAGGAGCUUACAAUUCGCCGGCUUUUACCAAGCAAUGGCCAGUCCUCUUGGAUGAACGACUAUCCUGGGAAGUUCAGAAUGGACUUGCAACAGUUCAAGAGGUCUCUGGUUGGGAAGUUCUCCAGGCCCUUGGGUGGGCCGUUCAGGUCGAUUCGCACAGCUGUGGCCCACUAGCAGCUGCAGCUGCAGGCCUUUUGCUUCAAGGAAUUCCUCCUACUGCAGCUGUCUUAGGUUUGAACAGUCCUCAGCUGACUCAGGCCGAAUCAAUCAACUUGCGAACCUGCAUUCUUCAAGUGAUUCUAGCUGCAGCCUCUCAAGAUGCUGUGAAUCAAGAUCUGAUAUCCAUCAAAAUAUGGAAAGAGCUAAGUCCUCAUCUGCCUUCACUUCAAGAACUGCUAGAUAGGUUGUGA